GCAUUUAAAUUGAUAAGAACUUAAUCAAUGUAAAUUGUUCAAAUCCAAUUGGGAUUUAAUUAAAGCAGGUUCAAAAAGUUUGGAUUUGCGAAAUGAGUUGAAUAAAAAAUUGUUAUUUUACGCUGAAUCGAUAAUAAUAAUCUUUGUUACGAUUGAUAUAUCGAUAAUAAAUUAAAAAGAUUUCGAUUGUAAUAAACAAACACAUCACAACCUAAUAAACAAAACAAUGUUUAUAAAAAAUAGUUUCGAAAAUGUAAUUAUUGAAUUUUAAAUAACCAAAGUUCUCUCCUUGCAAUAAAAUAGCUUUAAUGUGUAAAUAAUGGAUGAAAACGAAAACGCUAAUCACCAUAUACGACAGAAUUAUUGUAGGAAUCGUUUGGAAUACCGAAGAGGUCGACGUUUAAGAGCUGUUAAGGUCUACACUGUAGCAAAUGAAUCAAAGCACCUGCUAGUAUUUGGAGUGCCAAAGAUUAAUUUAAAACAAGAAAUCAAGUGUAAACUCAAACGGUGUGGUGAUAUUGAAUUUAUACAAUGUGUUACGGAAGAGAUUGCAAAGAAAGUGGAGUUAGAAGCCUUCACUGAUGUAUAUCAUGUGACCUACACAAAGGUGCAAGCAGCGCGGCGUGCUAAACGGUAUUUAGACGCACAAGAAUUUUAUGGCGGUAUAUUGCAUAUAUCCUAUGCUCCGGAAUACGAAACCACAGAGGAACUACGACAAAAACUCUUACAGAGAAAAGUUGAAAUCAACUACAGACAGAAAGUUAACGAAAAAGUGGCAAAAACAAUGUCAACUGAAGCUCAACUUAAUGAACCGCCGGAUAAAAUUAGUAAGGAGUCGUAAUGUGCCGAAACAAAAGGAAAAUUAUAUAAAAUAAACAAGAAGUCUGUUGUGGAAAUAGAAUAUAA